CUUGAAUUGUUUUUGCACCACUUUUGUGCAUUGGAUUUUUACGGCGUAAUUUAGUGCAUUUAUAUCAUAAAAAUUUAAAUGAUUCGAAACGUUUAAAGAUUUCAUGCAGUCUCGUGGAAUGGAAACCACGUCAUUUUGAAACGAUGUACUUCGAAAAUGAGGAUCCCUGUCAUAUUGAAUUGCAUUGUAAUCUUGGUUUAUAAACAUUUGUCCGAAAAACAACGCGCGAAGGUCGUUUGGAAUGAAGUAAAUCUUUUGUUUCGCACGUUUUGCCACAACUUCGAUCAAGACUUCGAUGUAUCCUGACUUCAAAAACUUUCAGGUAUUAUCGCUUACUUGCUUAUUUACUCUGGGCAGUAGUGCUAUUGAAGGGUCAGAAUCGAAGCUAACUACAAAAUUAACCCCCAUAAACAGCCCUGCGUUCAAGGAUAGUGACAAGGAUUUAACAGCUUCUGCAAGCGAUCGAAAUCCAUUGAUUCCAGCAUUCCACAUUAGCAAGGACUAUGGUCAACCUGGGUACAUCGGAGGUUUGCCUUAUGGGAGUUACUUGGGCGUUGGAAAUUCGAUUUAUAGCCCUGGUACAGCAUACCGUGGUACAGGAUUGAGCCCAGGAUACGUAAAUCCAGGCUACAGAGGAUAUUCACUGGGAGGGCCAGGAAUCAUUGGAGGUGGCCAUAUAGGAUUCGGUUAUUAUGGUAACGCCGGGUACAAUCCGACUUAUGGAGGAUAUGGAGGCUAUGGAUCUGGUGGCUACGGGGGAUACAACGGAGGAUACGGUGGCUACGGGAGUGGAUUAGGUGGUUAUGGUAGUUACAGUAAUAGCUAUGGUCCAGGAACUUAUGGUUCAGGUGUCUACGAUGAUGGGUACUAUGGAUACGGCGUACGCGGUUAUGGUCGAUACGGUGGAUUAGACGGUUAUGGGUAUGGGACAGGAUACACCGGGUAUGGAGGAUCGAAUUAUGGUUCCUCGUACAACUUGAGAAGCAGUUACGAUCCUUCGGGUUACCGUGGCAGUUAUGCUGGUUAUCCGUCAGGAUACAGAGGUUAUUCCUAAAUGUGUUAUUGAUAGAGAGAUAUUGUGAAUUGUCGCAAUAUCGAAGAAGGCAACAUUACAGCAGUAUUAAUUAAUACUGGUGCAACUGUAUAUGUGGCAUCGAAACGUCCAUUAAUUACGAAUUUCAAUUUGUAUUAAUAAUUUUUAUUAAUUUUUCACCGUU